AUGUCAAACAUCAAGAAGUCUCAAAAGCCUAAGAUACGUCAAGGACCGGCAUUUCACGCUGUGUAUGAAAUAAAUAAACGUAUCAGUAUAAAAAUGUCUUUCACUGUGUCUAUAACUGGGACAGGAGCCUCUUUAUCAACGAACUAUUCACCGACAAUAGAACUACGAGGAGACUACGAAUGUGGUCUUUUGUAUUUUUCAACUUUCAAUUCUAUUCCCAAUAUAGAUGAAAGAAACAAUAAAUUUUAUUAUGGUGAAAAAGAAAUGAUCGAAAUUCCUGAAGGGUCUUACGAGCUUCUAGAUAUUUGUGAUUAUCUAAAAAAUAAUAUUAAGAACGCUGUACUAAAACUAACUUAUCUAGACGAUGAAGACAUCAGCAAUUUGUUAGAAGAUUCCGACAUUGGGGACUUCAUACCUUCCGACGAAGAUUACGAAGACCCAGAAUUUGUACAACCAGAAAGCAGUUUUAGUUUUACGGAGGAAGAAAGUGAUGGACCUGACAGGACAGCAGGCAGAAUUACCAAACUGUUCUUAUUAGCUUGGGCAGGACGAGGAUAUAUCGAGGGAAAGGUGAACGUUUAUAACAGCACCACAAAAGAAAAGGUAUCAAACGUACAUUUUGUCAAUAAUCCCGUGCUAUUUCUUUUUCAAGACAUACGAUAUGAACUUAAUGGAGUAGAAAUAGAUAAAAUUAAGAAUGCUGGUGUCACUACUACAAUAAAAUCUUAUCUAUCCUUAAAUGAAAAUGAAUCCAAAUGUGCUCGAGUUUGGGGCUGGUCAACUGGCGGAACAAGCAAUACUAGUGGUGGAGCGUUUUCCGCGUCUAUACCAUUGAACAAGAUAUUAGGAUUUGCAGAAGAUUAUGAAAAAAUUAUAGUUAAUUGUAAACAUGAGUUAGUAUUAUUACGAAGCAAUACAAAUCUUAAUGCGAUCAAGUUAAAUACAGGUGAAGUUGUAGAAGAUAUUAUAAUAAAUAAAAUAGUUUGGCGAGUUCCACACAUCAAAGUAUCAGAUCGUGAAAGAAUCAGCCUAUUAAAACUUUUAGAGAAAGAUAGAGCUAUUCCAUUGGCAUUCCGUUCCUGGGACUUAUAUGAAUAUCCAUUGCUACCCAAAACACGUAAACAUACUUGGUCUAUAAAAACUUCAUCGCAAAUAGAGAAAUCACGAUUUGUGGUCAUCGCCUUGCAAACCAACCGCAAACAUAACGCGAAAUUAUCAAUGGCAGAGUUUGAUCAUUGUCACGUACGAGAUGUAAGAGUCUUUUUAAAUUCAUCAUAUUAUCCUUAUGAGGGGCUGAAUGUCAGUUUUUCAGAAGAUAAGUUUACUUUAUUAUACGAUCAGUAUGCGAGAUUUCAACAGUCGUAUCAUGGACGCCGGUCAGAGCCGUUGAUGGGUUUAAAGGAAUUCAGAGACGUGGCUCCGUUAUUUGUAAUUGAUUGUUUAAGACAACACGAAACUUUAAAAGGUUCGAUCGAUGUGAGAGUUGAAAUCGAAACAGACCAAGAAAUACCAGAUCAGACAACCGCUUAUUGCUUGAUAUUAAACGACUGUAUAUUCGAAUACAAACCACUGAGUAAUAUCGUUAAGAAAAUAUCAUGA